GCUCACCGUGUAAUACUGUCAGCGGGAAGCGAAUAUUUUAAGACAAUGUUUACGUGUGAAUUUGCUGAGAAAACAAAACAGUCAAUAGAAAUGAAGUUUAUGAAACCCAAUAUAUUACAACUGCUCGUCGACUUCAUAUAUACUGGAAACAUGAAGAUAACAGUGGAAAAUGCACAGGAGUUAAUUGCGGCUGCGAACAUGCUGAUGAUGUCCCGUGCUGUACGUUUUUGUACAGACUUUCUUAAGAGUGAACUUCAUCCAUCUAAUGCUUGGGGAAUUUACCGCAUGGGUAUAGUAGAACAUCAAGGUCUUAUUUAUAUUGUUAGUGGAUAUAUGGACUUUUACAACCCCAUGCAUGAUCUUCUCUCAUACAAUCCUGUAACUGGGGAGUGGAGAGCACUAGCAGGACGUGCUCCACCUCGCUACAACUACAUGGGUGUUGCAGUUUUGAAUAACUUUUUGUAUUUAGUGGGUGGCCUUCUUUUUAAUGAAGAAGCGGAAAAAUCACUAGAAAGAUAUUCUUUUGAACAGGUAUUCUCUGCUGCUAUUAGAUGGAUUACACGAAGAACUAAUAGAUAUGGUUGUUGCAUGGGUAUAGUAGAACAUCAAGGUCUUAUUUAUAUUGUUAGUGGAUAUAUGGACUUUUACAACCCCAUGCAUGAUCUUCUCUCAUACAAUCCUGUAACUGGGGAGUGGAGAGCACUAGCAGGACGUGCUCCACCUCGCUACAACUACAUGGGUGUUGCAGUUUUGAAUAACUUUUUGUAUUUAGUGGGUGGCCUUCUUUUUAAUGAAGAAGCGGAAAAAUCACUAGAAAGAUAUUCUUUUGAACAGGUAUUCUCUGCUGCUAUUAGAUGGAUUACACGAAGAACUAAUAGAUAUGGUUGUUGCAUGGGUAUAGUAGAACAUCAAGGUCUUAUUUAUAUUGUUAGUGGAUAUAUGGACUUUUACAACCCCAUGCAUGAUCUUCUCUCAUACAAUCCUGUAACUGGGGAGUGGAGAGCACUAGCAGGACGUGCUCCACCUCGCUACAACUACAUGGGUGUUGCAGUUUUGAAUAACUUUUUGUAUUUAGUGGGUGGCCUUCUUUUUAAUGAAGAAGCGGAAAAAUCACUAGAAAGAUAUUCUUUUGAACAG